AGCGCGCCGACGCUGGGAAAGCAACGCUGCCCGGCGGCAUGGGGACUCAAGGGCAGCCGCGACCUCGGUUAGGAAGCUUCCGCUUUCGGGGCUGCGCGAGGAGCUGUCAGUCAGGGAAGAACCCCAUCCCAGGGUGAUGUCAGCGGAUCAGCUCUCUAUAACAAAGCGGGGAGAAGCCAAGCGUGCGAAUGGCCCUCGGCCAAAGCGCGUGAAGCGGGCGGCUCUCUUCGGGUUGGGCGAGGCGGGAGCGUCACCGGCUCCCAGGCACACCUACCCAAGGCAAGGCGCUGCGGCCGAGCAAGCGGACCGCUUUGCGCUCGGCGGGCUGAGCUAUGGAUAGUGACGAGGAGACGCUGGAAGAGACCGUCGAGGGAACACUUGAUGAUGAUGGUAUGCCCCAUGGGUUUUGUAUAGUCACAUAUUCUUCCACAGACAGAUUUGAAGGGAACUUUGUGCAUGGAGAAAAGAAUGGUCAUGGAAAAUUCUUCUUCUUUGAUGGAAGCACUCUAGAAGGCUUUUAUGUUGAUGAUGGUUUACAUGGCCAGGGAAAAUACACCUAUGAGGAUGGAGGCACACUUCAUGGCACUUACAUUGAUGGUGAACUGAAUGGGCCAGCUCAGGAAUAUGAUGCUGAUGGACGAUUGGUCUUCAAAGGACAAUACAAAGAUAAUAUCCGGCAUGGAUUUUGUUGGAUUUACUAUUCAGAUGGUGGGUAUCUGGUUGGAGAAGUUAAUGAAGAAGGAGAGAUGACUGGAGAAAAGCUAGCCUAUGUAUACCCUGAUGGGAAGAUGGCAUAUUAUGGGCACUUCAUAGAUGGUGAAAUGAUAGAAGCAAGAUUGGCAAAUGUUAUACUGGCAGAGGAAGAAAAACUACAAUUUGAUGUUAUACCAGGCAGCCCAGUUUACUGUUUUGAUAAAUCUACUUCGUCCUGCAUUUCUACAAGUCCACUUCUUCCUGACCCUUAUGAAUCAGAGAGGAUCUUUGUAGAUGCAUCUCUUAUUUCCAAUGCUGGAGAAGGUUUAUUUACUAAAAUAUCUGCUGAAGCUGGCACAGUUUUAUCUUUUUACAAUGGUAUACGAAUUACACAUCAAGAGGUGGACAGCAGGGACUGGUCUUUGAACAGGAAUACGAUAUCCCUUGAUGAUGAAACUGUCAUAGAUGUGCCAGAACCUUACAGCCAUGUAACCAAAUACUGUGCCUCUUUGGGGCACAAGGCAAACCACUCAUUCACCCCAAAUUCUGUUUAUGACUCAUUUGUUCACCCUCGCUUUGGACUGAUUAAAUGUAUUCGAACCAUUCAAGCAGUGGAGAAGGAUGAAGAACUAACAGUUGCUUAUGGCUACGAUCACAGUUCCUCUGGACAAAAUGGGCCAGAAGCACCAGAGUGGUAUCUGGCAGAACUAAAAGCCUUCCAAGCUUCCCUGAAAAAAUGAACAUGCAAGCAGUUUUCCUAUUCAAUACAUUGAAUCUAUGCACUAUCUUUGAUGAUGGAAAUGGAACAGCCAGUGGUUGACCAUGUUGUGAUUCUUCAAUACUUUCCCCUACAUUAGAAAGAGUGGGAGCCUUUUUUGUUCUUGUUCCUUGCAGACUAAUGUGUUUCAGCCACUCCCUUAGAAUAAUCUUUACAUUUUGGCUAAUAGUGCAAAAUGAAUUAUUUAAUAUGCUACAUAAGGAAGUGUGGCCUUUUUUUUGACAACUAGUUUGCUUCAGCAGCUGUCAAAAUAUAGAAAGAGAGCAUUUUCAAAACCAAGGUUUUAUCUGUACUGUGGUUUCUCUCAUUCUGAGCAACUACAUUUUGUAUUUGCCAUAUUGUGAUGAUUAUAGAAUUGUGCUAAAUUUAGUAUUCUAAAAAAGCAGUAUAAUUUCAGAAGACUGCUUUAGGGCGUUUUCUGUUUUGGUGCACAAGAGAUUUCUCUUUACAUUAUCUUCUUAAAGUCAGCACAAAAAAUUAAACUUACAGUGUCAAGGUCAGUAAAAUGAGGACCCAGAUUGUUGGGGGCAAUAUGCUGACUGUAUAAACCACCUAGAGAGGGCUGUAAAGCAUUGUGAAGUGGCAUUCUGAAGUGCUAUUGCUACAUGUCGGGUUUUUUAGGCUCUUGAGGAUAAGUGCCUGGAAGACUAGAGCUGCUAUAACUUUAAUCGUGAUAAUUACAUUUGAGUGACUUCUACUUGUGCAUAUGAGCAUUUUCUGCUGCUUGUUUUUGGUUUCUUACA